CUGGGACUGGUCAUUUACAAGAGGUUUAUUCUAUACAGAUCAUGAUUUUGGAGGCUGGAAAGUUCAAGAUCAGAGAGUCACUUCUGAUGAAAGCCUCAUUUUGCUUUAACUUAUGGCAGAACGUGGAAGGGUAACUAGGAGGGGGAGAAAAUUUGAGCUGGAGCAUCAUUCAAAGGCAUUUCCUUUCCGCCUUUUAUCUUAUAACCUCUAAGAGGUCUAGGACAGUGAAAGCCAGUAUAUGUCUCCUUUUAGGGUCAGUUCCUUUUACUGGCAUCACUACAUAGCUCAUAUACAGUGAGUAUUGAGAGCACACUUUGGGAAAUACCGUUGGAGUCACGUACAGUUGUUAAGAAUACAGUAAUUGUCUCACAGCAAAAUUUUACUGCAAAGCAUAGUUCUCUUCUAGUGUAAAGAUGAGCAAUGAAGAGGUGACUUAUUCAACCUUGAGAUUUCUUCAGUCUCCUUCAGAGGCACAAAAUAGACCAAGACCUGAUGUUGCUGAAAGGCCUAGAAAAGCUGAGGCCAAAGGAUUUACAGUGCCCUGGCAUCUCAUUGCAGCAGCUCUUGGGAUCCUUUGCUUACUUUUGUUGCUGGCAGUUGUCCUGUUGGUGACAAAGAUUUUUCAAGAAAAUGAAAAGGAGAAAGUUCUGGAAGACCUCAGCCAAGCUCACAUUACACAAAAUGUAAGCUCUUUACAAAAACUUUUGAAAAAUGUGACUUCAGAAUGCAACAUUCUUAAAAACAAAAUGGAUAAAGAAAAAACGGAUCUAAAGUUUUGUUUUUGGAGCAGAGGUCACGGGAAAGAUAAAAUCUUUGCAAAACCUUUGGAAAAUAUAGGGAAAACUUGUGAAGUGUGCUUGACCUGCUAUCGAGUAAAGUGUUAUUAUUUUAUUAUUGAUAAUAAAACCUGGGAGAAAUGUAAGCAGAUUUGUCAAAAUCAAGGAUUAUCCCUUUUGAAGAUAGACGAUAAAGAUGAACAGGACUUCCUUUCACGCCAGGUUCGUCCAAAGCAGUACUGGACUGGGCUAUUUUUUGACACAAGUGAAAACAGAUGGAAGUGGAUGGAUGCUGGCCGCUCUUCUGGAAUUAAUGUUACCAUAAUGAAUAAACUUCCUACGGAUGGAAAAUGUGCAUUUUUAACUUCAGCAAGAAUAUCAAGUAUUCCCUGUGAUAACGCCUACUCCUGUAUCUGUGAAAAGAGAAUGGAUGCUACUUUCCCUGCCUCGGUGUGCAGGAAGGAAGAAAGGCCUUAGUCUGUUAUGGAGAUGAGCCCGAGAGGGAAGAAAACGUUCUUUUGGAACGUGACUUCAGAGGUCAGAAGCCACUGUUCUUCCUGCAGAAGAGGUGGAGACUGUGUCUUUGGGAGCCGCUUCCCUUUUCUUUGAUCACCUUGAAAAAUUAGUAUUUCUGUACCUGAACUACUUACAGGACAAAUUAAAGAACCUUGAUAAACA